AUGGCCGCAAUUCGCAGCUGCGUCGAGUUCUUGUUGCUGGCGACAGUAGCACUAGUUCACACAGCAGAUCCCUCGUUGGCGACCGAGAAUGUAAAGGCUCCAUUCGUGGGCUUGAAGCAUCUGGACUAUCACCAAGACUCGCCACUGCACGAUGCGCACACGACAUUCGUCGAGAGGAUUCACACUUCCGUGAGGAGGAGUGAAGCCCGAGCUUCGGCUUUCAGAAGCAUCGUGGCCGCCGGGAUCACACCGCGAGGAACACAUUUCGACUCCACGGUCGAGGUGUCGAGCAAGGCCGCCAGUAGCUUUCAGUCGGCCGUGAGUGCAGCUCCGGGAGGGUACAUCAUGAGCAUCAGUCUGGGAUCUCCCCCGCAGACGAGGACGGCGAUUGCCGACACGGGAAGCGACCUCGUGUGGCUCCAGUGCGCCCCGUGCUCCGUCUGCUUCCGCCAGUCUGAUCCUCUCUUCGACCCACGCAAAUCGGCCACCUUCACAAGAAUCCGCUACUUCAGCCCUUUGUGCGGCGAGCUGCCUCAGGUCUCGUACGACGGCGGGUUCUGCACGUACCGCUAUGGCUAUGGCGAUCAGUCCACCACGCAGGGCGAUUUCGCGCUCGAGACUCUGACCCUCACCGCCAUUGACGGCUCCACUCAGAGCAUAAACAAUUUCGCGUUCGGAUGCGGGAGACGCAACCAAGGAACCUUCGCGGGCACCGACGGCCUGGUCGGCCUAGGCCGGGGCGCAAUCUCCUUCACCGAGCAGAUUGGAUCCCGGACCGGAUCCAAAUUCGCCUACUGUCUGGUGGAUGCUGGCACUUCGGGCUCGGAGGUGAGCCCUCUGAUUUUCGGAGACUCUGCCGCUGAGACGGGCAAUGCAUUGAAUCUGAGCUACACGCCUCUGAUCCGCAAUCCCGCAGCCGAUACGUUCUACUACGUGAAGCUCAAUGGGAUCAGCGUGAAUGGGCAGCCCGUGGCCGGCAUUCCAGCGAAUGCGUACACUCUCAAUGUCCUGACAGGUCGCGGCGGAGUGAUUCUGGACUCGGGCACCACGAUCACGCAGCUCGUCCAGUCCGCCUACAUCCGGCUUCUAACUGUGCUGCAGUCGCUCAUCGCCUACCCUCAGGUCGACGGCUCGCCCGUGGGCCUCGACCUCUGCUACGACGUGUCCGGCGUCAGCAGCCCCUCUCUCCCGUCCGUCACCCUCCAGUUCCAGGGCAUCGACGUCGUUCUUCCUGCCGAUAAUGUAUUUCUGCAGGUGGACGCGCAGGGCACGAUGUGCUUGGCCUUUGCUGGGACCAGCGAUUUCUCCAUCAUCGGCAACAUUCAGCAGCAGAACUUCUACUAUCUGUACGACGUCGAGAACGAGAGAGUGGGCAUCGCUCCCUUGGACAAGUGUGCUGCUCUUGCCUCCACCGCAGCGUCCACCGGUGGCUUAUUGGAUGAGCUUUGA